AUGGCGGGUCCUGCAGCCCAGAAGCUCAUCGCCCUCGGCGACGUUUCGCUCAAGACCAUGUGCAUCCGCAGCAGCUCUGGCGACUGGGCGAUUGUGGACGGCGCCGUGUCCGCGCUCGGCGAGGGCGUAACCGUCACCCGCACACUCCCCCUCCCGGUCCAACCGGCCGGCACGACCCUGUUCGAUGUUGAUGGCGAUGCCGCGCUCGUUCGCACCGACGGCGAGCUGUUCCUCAUCCAGCCCGACGGCACCACCACGCUACCCAUCCCUGGCGCUGACAUGGCCAAGUUUGUCCCGGCUGGGAUCCUCGCAGCGGCGCCGCAGGACGACGACGGACACAAACUCGUGCUGCUCACGCGUGAGGGCGCGGUGGUGGCGGAGCAUGUAGACGCCGAGGCAAAGGACGCGGCCGCAUCGAUACUGGUGCACCCGUCGGGCACGGCUGCGGUUGUCGAGCUCGCAAUGGGCCAGGACGGGUGCGUCACACUCGAGGCGGACUUGCGUGGCGGCACACUCGAGGUACGGCCCUUCGUGGUGUCCGACGACUACGUCGUGUCAGAGUUCAGCGGAGACGGUACGCGCCUCCUCCUCUCCGCCCACCCAAACAGCGGGGAGGCUAUCGCAGUGAUGGACUGGGCGUCAAGAACCAUUGUCGACACGCUCACGGCCGCAAGCGUCAUGCCCGAUGAGAUGGAAGACGCCGCGUUCGACCUGUACGCCAGCUGGGUCGCGCCGGGCUGCAUCGUCGCCGCCACGACACAGACUGGCCUCCAUGUCGUCGUCACGGACGGACAGCUGGGCACCGCCCGCCUCGAGCCCCUGCCCGAUUUCAAGCCCACACCGCAUCCCGACGACGCCGAGAUCAUGUGGCUGUACCCGGUCAGCAGCAGGCGGUUCGUCGCGCGUGUGUGGCUGGAUGGCGAGCAGAUGACACGGCUGUACGAGGUCCAGGCUUCCCCCCGGGCCCAUGAGGGCUGA